UUUUUAUAACAGUUUUAAAUCUUUCAAACUUAAAAGUAAACGAUUUGAAAUUCAUAAAUUUGUUUUACAGCAAAUAAAAAUUAAUUAACUUCAAGAAAGUGCUGAGGAAUUACAGCUAUAGUUUUGCUAAAAAGGAUACUUGUGGUACGUACAUAAUUAAGAUCAUCAUGAAGCUGUUAUUACUCGGAGUCCUGUGCGUAUUCAGCCUGGCUGUGCUAACUAGAGCCGGUAAUGUAGGGUACGGGAGUUACGGUAUGGGAAUGGGACAAGGAAGCUACGGGUACGGAGGUGGCUUUGGAGGUUUCGGGGGAGGACAAUCUGGAGGAGGAGGCGGUGGACUAUUCAGCAUGAUCAUCUUUUUGUUCGUUUUCAUCCUCAUCAUCAACGUCCUGUUUGGAAGCCUCGGUGGUGGCGGUGGCAUAGGUAUUGGAGGUCGUGGCAAUAAUGGAGGCUCCAACUAUGGCUCAGGUGGCAGCCAUGGAGGCUCCAACUACGGCUCAGGAGGUAGUCACGGAGGCUCCAGUUACGGAGGUAGCGGUGGUAGUGGAGUGGUGGACGAAUACAGAAAAUAAUCCUCUACAUAGUGAAGACCUCAUCGAGAAACGACACACAUUUCAGACGUAGACGGUCUUAUUUCUAGAGCAGCUAUGGCUGAAAUCGAAUUGCGCCAUGACAAAUCUACCAGCUGGAACUAUUUAUUGUAUUGUACAAUUAGUUUAAAUAAAUAACGCA